UUUUUUUUUUUUUUUUUUGUUCUCUAAAUUUGUACUUGGCCCUUUUCGGAACCAAUUUAGCUGUCUUUAUCAAUCGACGGGAUACAACUGGGGUGUGGUCAGCAUUACUGAAGUGGAGUUUUCUAGCUAGGAUCAGUUUGAGGGAAUUCGUGUCUUGUUGACAUGUGCGACUGGAAGUCGCGCCGUUAGUGUUACUCAAUCUCCAACGAAAUAAAAAAUUCAACCUUUCCGGCUUUUUGUUUCUGCUUGCCAUUAGAAGAAGCAACCGUUUUAGCACUUAAACUCCUCAAUGAGAAAGCUAGCCAUCAACCAUGAAUUCCACUAAAUUCUUUUUUUUCACAAGUCUAUUGCUUAUCUUCCUUGUGAUUCUUCCCUCUUCCCUUUCGGUUGCCAUAGACGCCAUUACACCAAACCAACCCCUAAGAGAUGGCAACGUUCUUCUCUCCACCACUAAAAUCUUUGCACUAGGGUUUUUUAGCCCAGGCAAUUCUCAUAAUCGUUUCGUCGGAGUUUGGUACAACAAAAUUCGAAUCCAAACCAUCGUCUGGACUGCAAACAGAGACAACCCCAUAAUUCCUAUUUCUGGAGCUGGGCUCCUAGCUGUUCAUGGAGAACAUGGAGGCCUUGUCAUCUAUGGGAAGGACCAAAAUAACCCUCUUUGGUCUGCUAAUGUCACAGUCUCUUCGCCAAACAAUUACGUAAUAGCCAAACUUUUGGAUACAGGAAAUCUUGUAUUGCUUGAGAAUUAUGGUAGUAGCCAAAGGGUGCUAUGGCAGGGCUUUGAUUACCCCUCAGAUACAGUGCUUCCAGUGAUGAAGAUUGGGCUGAACCGACGGUCAGGGCUGAACACGGUCCUAAAAUCUUGGAAGUCCCACGAUGAUCCCAGAUCGGGGAAUUUUUUGCAUGAGAUUGACCCAACCGGGUUUCCGCAGGUGAUUAUGUACAACGGUCGAACCAAAUGGUUUCGGGCCGGACCUUGGACCGGAAAGGGAUUAAGCGGGCUCCCUGAGAUAGCAUCUAAUAGUUACCGCAGCUUUGUGAACAAUAAAGAUGAGACGUAUAUGAUGUAUACUGUUCCAAAUGGCUCAGUUUUCACAAGGGGAGUGGUAGAUGAAUCAGGAACUUUUCAACGGUUCGUAUGGCGAGAUCAAGAAAACAAAUGGAUCGAAGUAAGCUCUAACCCAAGUGAGUGGUGUGACUACCAUGGACAGUGUGGUCCAAAUAGUAACUGUGACCCAUACAGUAAUUAUAACUUCUCUUGCCUUUGUCUACCCGGAUUUGAACCCAAGUUCCCCCGGGAUUGGUCUCUGAGAGUUGGAUGGGGUGGAUGCCUGAGAAAAUCGGGAGCGUCUCCAUGCCAAAAAGGGCAAGGGUUUGUUAAGGUGGCACGCGUGAAGGUACCCGACACAUCUGGGGCACGUGUGAAUAUGAGUUUGAGUCUGAAAGGGUGUGAGCAAGAGUGCAGAAAGAAUUGCUCUUGCACGGCAUACACGAGUGCAGAUGAAGGGAUGGAGGGAAGGGUUGCGUGACGUGGUACGGGGACUUGAUAGACGCAAGAACUUUUUCAAAUGUUGGGCAGGACUUGUAUGUACGAGUCGAUGCAGCUGCUCUAGCUCAAUUUGCAAAUGGUUCUGUAAUUAGCAAGAAGGCAAGGCUGGCAAUUUCACUAGUAUCCGCUCUUGUGUUCCUUGUCCUAGUAUUCCUUUCAUUUUGGUUGGUAAGGAGGAAGAGGAAAGCAGGGAGGCAGAGAAAAAAUAUGUGUUUCAUGGAAGAUAGAAUAGAUCUUGAUGAUCAAAGUAAUAUAAACUCAGAAUUACCAUUCUUUGAUCGAACAACCAUUGUAGCGGCACGGGAAAUUUCUCUGUAGCAAACAAGCUUGGGAAAGGAGGUUUUGGCUCAGUCUAUAAGGGUGUACUUCAUAAUGGAAAGGAACGUAGCAGUGAAACGACUAUCGAAGCAUUCUGGUCAAGGAAUUGAAGAGUUUAAGAAUGAAGUUGUUAUAAUUGCAAAACUCCAACACAAGAACCUUGUCAAGAUUAUAGGUUGCUGCGUUGAAGAUGAAGAGAAGAUGCUAAUCUAUGAAUACGUACCAAACAAAAGUUUGGACUCUUUUUUUUUGAUGAAACAAAAAGAAAUAUUUUAGAUUGGACAAAACGCUUUGAGAUUA